CGGCACCGGUUUGCCAGUCGGAAUCGAGCCACGGCACAUGUCGCUCCGUAUUUGGCCCAUCCACUUCGCCAAAUACGAAAUGUUUGGGUGUAGCGUCUUCACGUCCUCGCAUCCGGUCGGUUUUCACCACCAGCAUGAAUCGCGUGCAAUCGCGUAGUUGGCUGACCGAUUCGUAUGCCGAUCGCGUUUGCCUGUGUACAUAACGUGUGCUGUCAUUCACGCGUCAAAAGCAUGACUAUCAUGCAAUCCUGUUGCUGUUGGCGCUCAGUGAGGAGGGGUAGUUUCGCAUGUGCCAUUUAUACAGGGAUAUACUUCGCCGUAUUGGCGUUAACCACGGGUAAAGUGCUCCAGGGGGAGAGUGAGUAUCUCCGCGGGAAUCGUUCCUUGCCAGAAUCUACCAGCUUCCUCGAGCCGGAAACCAUAUCCCCAACUACAGUAUGGUUUAACGUGACGCUGCUUAUAUGCUCGUCCAGCGGUCUGAUUUGCAGCGUCCUGCUUCUCUAUGGCCUCUGCAAGGAUCAACGCGUCUUCCUCAUACCCUGGAUCGUCGCUGUCAUCGCGACGUGUAUCGUCGACGUCGCUCACUCCUUGUACCUAUUCGUCGCUGCUUCAAAUUUCGACCCGACGAAAGUGAUGCUGUACACGCUGAACUUCUUCCUUCUUUGUCUAAACAUAUAUUCAGUGUUGUGCGUGAUCUCCCAGUAUCAAGAGUAUAUGGCCGGUCGGGGAACCGCCGCGGACGACGACGAGUACAGGGUCAGUAUUCUGAGAGUCUCUCAACGGAUACAGGAACGGAAUAAAGGACAAAAAGUUCCAGCAGUGAGAUACGAUACGCAACCGCCGACGACGACUGCUACGUCUUACCUAAGUUCCCGGAGAGCGGCGACUAACAACGAGACCAAAGUGACGGGGACGCCAACGCAGAGUCCUACGGGACAAAACACCCUCUCCUCAGACAGGAGUCCUAUCGCGGGACGAACUUCAAAAAAGCAUGUCCAAUUCCCGGACAUAGUGUCCGAGAACGAAACGGGAAACUUCGAAGCCCGGAUCACGGUGCUGGUACCAAAGUUGGAGCUGGAUAAUGAACAGACGACAUCGUUGUCUCUGUUGAAACUCGAAGAGGCCACAGCGAUCGAUCAGAUUCUUCAGUCUCAGGAACACACCUGAAAUUCGUAUGCGAACGCCGACGGCGAGAUCUGAUUCUCGCUUCUGGUUGCGAAUUUCCCUUACCCCCGGUGCGAUCCACGACACUACUGAAUAAUCUAUCCUCGUGGGAGACACGUCCAUGUACAAUGUUGAUUCAUGGGGCAUCAACGGUUGAAAGUCGUCGCGUCUCUCAUAAAGCGAUGACCGGUUCGAUCGAUUGGCGACUUUUCUCCGCGAAUUGGUUCCCAUUAAUAGAAUCUGCUGCGUCGGCCACUCGGCGAUUGUUCGAUCUACUAGUAACGCGUUUACCGAACACUUAAGAACACUAUCAUCGGCUUGAGUAAAACCAAA